GACUUGCUCAAGGUUGAGGGAAUAGAUAUCAAUGCUUUGGGAGGUUUCUUCGGGACCGCUCUGUCUGCCGCCGCUAGCCAAGGGCACAAAGACGCUGUCCUAUUACUUCUCGGCGAAGGUGCAACUGUCGAUGCGCAGAACAAGUUCGAAUCGACGCCGCUACAUUAUGCUGCACAACAUGGCCACGUCGACGUCGGGCGCGCCCUUCUCGAUCACGGUGCAGCUGUUGACGCGCAGGAGGGGGACAGGUGGACACCGCUACAUCGUGCUGCACAACAUGGCCACAUCGACAUCGCUCGCGCCCUGCUCGAUUACGGCGCAGCUGUUGAUGCGCAG